GCGACGCGCGCCGCUUUAGAAAAUCCGUUGAAAAUUUAAAACGACAUCAAGAAUUUCUGAAAAAGUCAAACGCUAUCAUCCCCGUCCAUUGUAACAUGUAAUAGUGGGCGCUUCGUGCCGCUUGCCACAACGUUGACCGCUCAACUGUGGCUACUGAUUCAUAAAUUAAUUAUCACCCACACACAAAGUCUAUAAAGCCCAAUCAUGGGUCGUUGUUUUAAUCACAAAUUCGUGCUCAAUUUUUGCAAUCUAUUGUUUUUGCUCUGCGGCAUGCUACUUAUUGUGGCAGGUUGCUAUCUCUACACAGACAACAAGCGGAUUCUGCUCUCCCGCCUCCUAGCUGCGCCCAGCGAGCAGUUGAACUCAUUGCCCCAGCCAUUGCUCUACUACAUCUCGCUGGGAUUGGCCAUUGCCGGAUUUGUGGCUGUCCUCGCAUCCAUGCUGGGCUUCUGGGCCAGCUGCCUACACACCUAUUGCUUCCUCAGCGUGUAUUUCCUCUGCGUUGUGGUGCUGCUGCUGGCGGAGUCGGUGAUUUGCUUAGCCAUCACGCUGUGGCCUCAUUGCCUGGGCAUCAGCUUGGAUGAGGGGCAGAUGGUGAAGGCGCUGCAGCGCAACUAUGGUGUGCCUGGCCAGGAGCAGUUCACCAAUGCCAUGGACUUGGCGCAAACACGUUUCGGUUGCUGUGGCAUGCGCAGCUCUCUCGACUACGACACUUCACUGUGGCGCCUCCAAAGCUAUGGGCAACGCAAUUGGCCAGUUCCUUUGAGCUGCUGCGUCCUCGCCAAUGCCCCACAACCGUUGGCCUUUCUCGAUCCCAAGCCAGCGAAUGAAUCACAGUGUCAGUCACUCGAGCGUCCGGUUUAUGAGCGUGAACGCUACACAGAAGCUUGCCUGGAACACUUGGAUGCCUGGUAUCGUGAGCAAUACGGCAUCUUCCUGGUCGCCAGUCUCGUUCUGGCACUGGUCGAGUUCAGUGUGCUCCUGGGCAUCAUUCUCACCUGCACGGGCAUCGCUUCGCGCCGUGCUAGACUGGACAACAGCUCGCAGACAGCAGGAGGAUUCAGCCAGAAGGCCCGACGACGUGGCACAGCGAAGUCGAGGCAGGCGCUGGUCGAUAACAUCUACGAAUCGGAGGUCCAACUGCGUGGCAAUGCUCAAGGCGGUGGCAUGUGUCUCGGUGCGGCCAGCAGACAUGUGAGCAGCGAGGACUUCAAGGAACUUUAUGUGCAGCCGAGAGAUCUCUACAAACAGCGACACAACACGACCUUCAAGCCCAUUGCCAGUGAUUAUCAGACGCCAACGCGCAGUUACUUGGUUUAGUUCGUUGGCGUUGCUGCUGUUGGCCACCAGC